GACGGCCGCCGCGUCUCUAUGGAAACAAGCCCUGCGUCCACGCAGCAGAGAGGACGAUGGCUGCUGGGGAGCUCAGGGACUUGGGCGCCUACUACUUCAGGUUUCUGCCUCAGAAAACCUUCCAGUCUCUGAGCUCUCAGGAGAUCACCAGCCGGCUCCGCCAGUGGUCCAUGCUGGGCAGAAUCAAGGCGCAGGCGUUCGGCUUUGACCAGACAUUUCAGGCCUAUCGGAAGGAUGAUUUCGUUAUGGCUUUUUUCAAAGACCCAAAUGUUAUUCCCAAUUUGAAGUUACUUUCAGAUUCUUCUGGACAGUGGAUUACAUUAGGAACUGAAGUGAAAAAAAUUGAAGCUAUAAAUGUUCCUUGCACACAGCUUUCAAUGUCAUUUUUUCAUCGGUUAUAUGAUGAAGAUAUUGUACGAGACAAUGGACAUAUCGUUAAAUGUUUAGAUUCUUUUUGUGAUCCAUUUCUCAUUUCUGAUGAGUUACGAAGAGUUUUGCUAGUGGAAGACUCAGAAAAAUAUGAAGUAUUCGGCCAGCCAGAUAGAGAAGAGUUCUUGUUUUGUCUUUUCAAACACCUUUGCCUUGGUGGAGCCCUUUGUCAAUAUGAGGAUGUGAUUAACCCAUAUCUGGAAACAACAAAGCUUAUCUAUAAGGAUCUGGUGAGGAUUCUGCUGGUAUGUGCUAUCCUUCAACAAAGAAUCAUGAACAGACAUUUUCUUACUUUAUUGUGGAUCCUAUCAAGCGUCACCUGCAUGUUUUAUAUCACUGUUAUGGUGUAGGAGACAUGUCUUAAUGCUCGUUCAGAUGAUGUACAUCUACUGCUUUUUAUUUAACAUUUUUCUAUUUUAAUACUAACUUAUAAACAUUUACUUUGCAAAUUAAUUCAAGAAAAAUAUAAAGAGCUUACUUAGAGCAGAAGAAAGCAAACACCAAGAUGCCUUUUUUAAAAAUUUGUGUGGAAUACUAACCAGGGAUCAAAUUUCAUCCCUAAUGAAAUCUAUACCAAAAAAUUUGUGGAAUUUUUACAAAAAGUUACAAGGAAUUAGAAGUCUAAUUCAUAUUUGUUGCAUUAUGAUCCAAGUGAAUCCUCAAUUUUUCACGUAUUUUAAUUUAUAAGCUAAUUAAUUCUGGAUUGAAAAUGUAGCAGAAGGCUGAGCGCGGUGGCUCACGCCUGUAAUCCCAGCACUUUGGAAGGCCAAG